UAGAAUAGAGUUAGUGAGGGAGGCUAAGACCAUGGUUUGUUCGUCUCCACCGUUUCCUUCAAGAGCUCUACCUUCAUAUUCAGCUCUGAUGCUUCGUGAGCAAGCUGCUCCAGCAGUUGUCUUUUGGUCUUCUAGUUUUGCAGACCAGCAUUUUCCUACAUCGGUUCUUUUACAAGAGCAACGUGAUGAGUAUAGGCCUCUACUUCACAUGGAUAAGGAAGACAAGACAUCCCAGGCAACAUUAAAUACAAGGCAGAUGGUUAUGACCCCGGUUCAUGAAAAAUGUAACAUUGGCAAUGCUGAUCAGUUAGUGCAUGACUUUGUGCAGCAGUUGCGUCUCCAGUCUCAUUUACAUAACUUAUUGACUUCUUCACCAGUAGAGGAAAUUGCUGCUUCUUCAACUCCGCAACCUGUAGCUUUUGAUUCAGAGAGGCCUGCAGAUGGUCUGCAAUGGAAUGCAGUUUCUCUUGCUAAGCAAGCUUUGUCAGCCUCAGAACAAGCAGUUUCAAUAGCUGAAGAGUUGAAAUUGAUUAAAGCUGAUCAUGAUCGUCCACUUCCUUUUGGUCUGGCCUCCACAAGUUUGGAUUACUCUUCACCUGGAAAGAAUAAAAUUGUGAGAUCAACACGACCUAAAGAAAAACGAUCUAAACAGAGAAAAGUAUCAAACUCAAAAGUUCGUGAUGAAGAAAGUUAUCUUGCAAGAAAGUCCAAUGUACAGGGAAGGUUACAUGUAGGCAAGAAGAUAAAAGAAGGGUUUGAUCAAAAUGACCCCCUGCGCUUGUUCUUCUGGGGUCCCGAAACAAAGCAACUUUUGACUCGUGAAGAAGAGUCUCAAUUGAUUGCUCAGCUACAGGAUUUGUUGAGAUUGGAAGAAGUAAAGAUCAAGCUUCAAUCUCAGUUUGGGCGGGAACCAACUUUGGCUGAAUGGGCUGAUGGUGUGGGUCUUAGCUGUCAUGCCCUGCAGACACAGCUUCAUUGUGGUAACAGAAGCAAAGAAAAGCUGAUUCAUGCCAAUUUACGCAUGGUAUUUCACAUUGCUAAACAUUAUCAGGGGCGUGGUCUCAGCCUUCAGGACUUAUUACAGGAGGGAACUAUGGGACUUGUGAAGUGUGUCGAAAAGUUUAAACCCCAACAUGGUUGCCGGUUUGGUACUUAUGCAUAUUGGUGGAUAAGGCAAUCAAUAAGGAAGGGCAUAUUUCUACAUUCGAAGACAAUCCGUCUGCCGCAGAAACAAUUUGAGAAUUUAUAUACCCUUUUGGGCAAGGUCAUGGAAGCAAAGAAAUUGUUCAUUGAAGAAGGAAAUCUUUACCCCACCAAAGAAGAAUUAGCUGGAAGGGUAGGAAUUACAGUAGCCAAGAUGGAAAAUUUGCUAUUUUCUGCAAGAAUUCCACGUUCGAUGCAGCAAACUUUGUGGGCGGACCGAGGUACAACUUUCCAGGAGACUACUGCAGACUCUGCAAUUGAGAUCCCGGAUGUGAGUGUUGCGAAACAGCAAAUGAGGAGGCAUGUGCGCAACCUCCUAAAUAUCUUAAGCCCAAGAGAAAGAAAGAUAAUCAGGCUCAGAUUUGGUAUUGAUGGUGGCUACGAGAAAUCUUUUGAAGAAAUUGGCCACAUAUUUGGGGUGUCUAGGGAGAGGGUCCAACAUUUGCAUCACCGAGCAUUGGACAAGCUCAAGCAGAGCCUUGUCAGUCAAGGACUUGAUGCAUAUAUAGACUUGCUUGUAUAGAUGAGUAGACACCAACGUUUUGCAGUUCCUCUUACUUGGCUGUACAAAUGCAGUAACUAGAUCGAGCUUUUAAAGGAAAACUUACACUCAGUCAUGCUAACUGAGGAUGAACCAGAGUUAUAUAUAUAUAUAUACGUA